GCUCCUUGUCCACGACCCAAAUUGGUUCAAUUUCAGUCGUGGGCUUUUAAGUGGCCCAAAUUGGUUCAAUCGCUGUGGAUUCAAUCGCUGACCUUUCCUCUUCCCCUGACUUGCAGUCAUGCAUAGUAAAAUAGUAGUUCCAUACCUUUUUUCUCCAUUUUGGAACGAGGGUUUGCACAAAAGAAGGGAGGAAAUAACUCACUUUCCAGAGUUGGAUUUUUAGUUAUUUUAGUAUAGAUUAGAUGCUAGAUAGGUAGAUUUUCUCUCUUUUUUUGUUCCUCCUCCAAAUCUGAAUUCCCCUGCAAUGCAGCCUUUUAUCAAAAUUGUUCACGUCUUUAACCAGAAAAGUUUCUGCCCUUUCCACUUAGUCUCUGCCCUUUCAAAUCGAUCUUUACUAAGCUAAAAGCACCAGUAUUACUUUUGUUCCCACGAAAUUUCCAAAUUUGAAAUUGUAUGUUUUUCUAUUUGAAGAGAGUUGUGCUGCAAAUCCCUUUUGAUAAUUUCGUAAGCCCAUGAAAAAGUUCCGUCGUUUUGAUCCAAGUUUGUUUAUUUCCUGGUUAAUUUGAUCUGGCUUUGUUUAGAAUAAUGGACCCCAGCUCCAUAAUUCUUGAAAUUAGUUCUGAUGAAGAGGGUGCCUGUGAAGAAGUCACCGGUGAUAAUUAUGAUUGGAUAUCGGAACUGCUUAGUCCGGUUGGUAAUGAAACAGAAGAAUCGGAUGACGUUGUGUUUGUGGAUGAGGUUAGGUCUAGUUCUGUCACUCAAAAGCAGAACUACAGGCCCUCGGAUGCUGCAAAGCCUAAGGAUGUCUCCGAUGAUGAAUGCAUGAUUUUGGAUGGUGACCCUGACAACCCAGUUGCAGUUGUCAAUGAUACUGCGGAUGAGUYAGAGGAGUUGCUUAUUGUGAGCGAAAAGGGGCAGCUAGCAUGCAGAGAUUAUCCUCACCCACGACACUUGUGUGCUAAAUUUCCUUUUGGUUCUACUCCACAUGAGAAGUACUGUGACCUGUGCCAUUGCUAUGUAUGUGACUCACUUGCUCCAUGUGCUUACUGGGGUAGUGGCCUCUCCAGUACUGAUCAUUGUCAUGCUAUUGAUAAAGAGGAGAUAUGGAAAGAACAGAGGAUAUGUCUUAAACAAGGCAAGGCAGCACCACCAGCUUUCCAAAAGCUUCCUGCUAGUACUCUUUCCAUGAUGCCAUUCUCUUCUAACACAACUCAAACGCCACAUCGACUAAUACCUCCUAAUUGUGGCUUUGUUCCAAUUCAAUCACCCUCCAGCUCAGCCCAUCUCCGUGCUUGCUCAUCAACUACCAAUUUUAGCACCCCAAAUAUCAUAAACCCAAGGAGGAACCCCCGGUCAGGAGUCAUCCACUCCAGAAACAGAUUCUCACAGGAUUUAAGCAGAUCUCAAUUGAUAUCUGGUACAACCAAUCUCAUCCGAAAGGUGAGAUAUGGACCUCAUUUUUAUCCACCUAAAAGGGUAGGUAAUCUGGGACGUGGUUCAACAAUAAAUCAACGAGCUGGAUAUGGACCAUAUGGUUUGUCAAGUAAUAACGACCUUGCUUGCACAUCACAGCAACCAAGAAGGCAUGCUAUCCCAAUAUUACUGAACAAGGACCRCCACACAAGGUGGCAGGGCAUCCUUUCAGGAAACAAUCCGGAUGUGGGUUUGUGUCAGAGAUCCUCCCAGCCAAACAUGGGGAUUACUACAGACUUCCAGUCAUAUCCCAUUUCUUCUCAACCUCAGGCAUAUGGUCAACCUAUACUGCAACAAAAUGACGGCCAUAAUUUAUAUGCUCAUGGGAAUUCUGCUCCAAAUGCCACAAAUGCAAAUCCAUUAUACUUCAGCUCCAGAGAAAUAAAUACCACAACCCAGGGCAUACGACUUUCUACUGUAAUGGAUCCUAAACUUCAAAGUCCUCAGUCCAACCUUGACCCAUUAACUGUCACAGAGUCUAAUAUCCAAUAUCCUAGUAGCAUCAAUCCUGUUCCGUCUGACUUCCACGGGGAGGACUGGGUUUAUGCUGACGAGCAGUCCAUUCUGGGGAUUACAGAAGACUAUGUGCCAUGUGAGCCAGAUCAAGCCCAACCUGAUCCAGUGGAUCCUGCAAUGAUUAUAUUUGAUUUUGAAACCUCAUUGGAUCAACUAGCUCAAGAAUGAGGUAUGGGGCUGUAAUUUGGGUUAGAGCUACUGUGAUGUACAGCUUUUCGAGGCUGCAGGUGUAUGUAUAUUUCUAUACUCAACACCCAGUUGGUUAAAUACAGUUGUAUAAAUCUUGGUGAUGUUGUAGUGAAUAUCUAUUACUAUAUCAAGCAGGUACCCCACUUGCUCAAAAAUCUGCAUAAGGUGGAUGUCUUAUCUUUUCUACGUACUAUCAAUACCACGUGCAAUUGCAUGUGCCUUCUGCCUUAUAAAUAUAAGUUGUAUAAAUUUUUGUUUUCA